ACUCACUACUCGCGCCGAUAACACACGCCCAAAGGUCAGUCUACUUGCGCUCUCGCUCCUUCUUUCUUACAGAUUGUUUGCGGGAGCAGAGAGAUUAUGGCUGCGUCUGCUGCAGCAGCGAUUGCCAGUCCUUCGGGAUGUGGGUUGUUCUCCACUCAAGGAUUUUCUGGGUCGACCCGCAGCCUGCUAUGGAGGAAAACUGAGAAGCGGAAUGUAAGGAAAGCUGUUAAGGGUGUAAUAAAGGCCAAAAUUGAACUUAGCCCUCCACCAUACUCCCUUGACGGUUUGGAACCUCAUAUGAGUCGUGAAACAUUUGAAUACCAUUGGGGGAAGCAUCACAGAGCCUAUGUUGAUAACCUCAACAAGCAAAUAGUUGGUACAGAACUGGAUACAAAGACGUUGGAGGAAAUAAUACUUGCUACAUAUAACAACGGUGAUCUCCUCCCACCCUUCAAUAAUGCUGCACAGGUGUGGAAUCAUGAUUUCUUUUGGGAGUCCAUGAAACCUGGUGGUGGAGGUAAGCCAUCCGGAGAGCUUCUAGAACUAAUCAACAGAGACUUUGGUUCUUUUGAAGCUUUUGUUAGUGCAUUCAAGGCAGCUGCAGCAACACAAUUUGGUUCUGGUUGGGCUUGGCUCGUAUACACAACAAAUAAACUCAAUGUUGGAAAUGCAGUGAAUCCCCGUCCAUCAGAUGAGGACAAAAAGCUUAUCGUGGUGAAGAGCCCCAAUGCUAUAAAUCCUCUUGUCUGGGAUCACUCCCCACUGCUUACUAUAGAUGUCUGGGAGCAUGCUUACUACCUUGAUUUCCAGAACCGACGCCCAGAUUAUAUAUCUACCUUUAUGGAGAAGCUUGUUUCUUGGGAUGCUGUAAGUUCCAGGCUUGAAGCUGCAAAGGCUCGGGCUCUUGAAUGAGG